AUGGCUGCUCGUACUGCUAAAAAGAAAUCUAUAUAAAUUAACACUAUUCCUAUUGAGGGACUUAUUACUUCAGACAUUGAAAGCAAUGGAACUACCCCUGAAUCAAAUGGAAAAUCUCUUCCAAAGGGUUUUGCAGAAGAGGUAUUGAAACUAGAAAUGGAUAUCGAAAUAAGUGAAACUUUAGAAUUAAAGUAAGUUCACCGCUUGAUUGAGCUUUAUGCUCUUGGAGUUGGCUACUAUGAGUCAAUAGGAGAUACAAAAUACUUGUACUUUCAUAAAAAAAUGAAUAAUUUGAUGAUGAAACCUAAUGUUUUAGAAUCAAUGAAUAACUCAGUUAAAGAAUAAAAAGAAGUCAAAAGGAGACAAAGUCUCUAAACAGACACCUUUUUUGCAAGUCAACCAAAAUAGUAAAUAUAGAGCUAAGAGUAAAAUGGAUAAUUUUAAGAAAUACAUGAUGAGCAGAAAUAGAUGUAAUAAGUUUCAUAGGAAUAGAAAUAAUCUCAUAAUUCACAAGUAAGAGAGUCAGAAGCUACACACAAUACAUUCAGCUAGGAAGUGGAAAGUGUUGAGAAAAUUUAAUAGGAAAAAUAAAUAGCGGCAGAAGAGAAAAAAGUGAAAUAAAUUAGCUUAAUAAAAAAGAAAACAAUUGAAGAAAACAUCAAGUUGAACAUCAUAUAUGGAAUGCAAGAUAAUGAAGAUAAAUCUAAAUCUAUAUUAAAAAUGCAUUAGCUAGACUAGCAACGUGUUAAAGAAUUUGUAAACAAGUAGGUAGAAACUUAAGUUGAUGAUAUCAAAAAAAGGUUAGAACAAAGACGUAACUAAACAUUUAAUAGAGCUUUAUCAUUACCUAUUAAUAAUGAAUCAGAUACUUCUCUAAGCGAUAUUGAUGUCGUUCAACCUUUACCAAAUAAUAAUAAAAAAUGUAUAUCCAGUUAAACAAAUAUAGAGGAUAUCUUAGAUGAUGUAAUUUAAGAAGAUGAAAAAGAAGAUAUUUUCACUAGAGAAAACAGUAAAAGAAAUUCUCUCGACUUCUAACAUCUGAGAGAAGGAAACUAAAAUAUUCUAGAGUAAUUAAAAUAAGAAAGAAAUAUAGAAGACAUUAUAUCUCUUCGCAGCAGACGCAAAACAACUCUAUCACAUAGAAAAAAUUGUAGACUAUCAUUAAUGAACCACAAGUAGUUCUAGCUGAAGUCUGUUGAUUCAAGUCGUGUCAGAUCAUUUUCAAAUGACCAUGCUUAAAAUAAUACUGAAUCAAUAAAUAUAACAGAAUUCGAUAAUAAUAUUUUUGAUAGUGCUUAAAAACCUAAUAACACAUAAUCGAUGAUUGAAAGAUAUUGA